AUGUUUCCAUUACUGGUUCGUGCUGCUCUGAGCAGCAAGAAGCCUGCAGCUUCGAUUUGGUCCCUCCAUAGACCAGUAUUACUACGAGUACCACCAUCACUGAAAACCAGCAGCAUUAAUCACCAUUAUUACCAUCCUAAAGUCAGCGUAAGCUCCACGGAAACCAUCAAACCAUCUUCCCCAACUCCCGCCAAAUUCACCACAUUCAAGCUCUCCCUCAUCGACAACGAUGUCCCGCCAAUUUAUGUACCUUUCAUCUUCUUCUUUUUUCCUGGUCCCGGCUCCACGGGACCAAACCCAGGGGAGAGAAGAUUCGAGACCCUCAGGUCUUCACUCGCCCAGACCCUCACGCGCUUCUACCCACUCGCCGGCAGGCUGUCCAAAUCCGGCGACAUCGAUCAAGCCGGUUCAGUUCCCGUCGUCCAUUGCAACGAUGAUGGCGUGCCGUUAUCUUCCGCCACGGUCGAUUUGUCCCUGGCCGACUUUCUCAGGAAACGUCUCGAAAUUGACUCGCUCCAGCAAUUCCUCCCUUUCACUGCCGAUCCGAUCGUCUCGGACCUCGAAUCGGCGCCGCAGAUCGCCUUCAGGGCGACCGCUUUCCCUUGCGGCGGGCUCGCCAUCGGUGUUUGCAUGUUGCACAAGAUCAUCGACGCCGCCACUUUGGCCGAUUUCAUGAAACUCUGGUCCGCCGUCGCCAGGAGCGAGAAGAAAACGGCGGAGGCGGCAGUCGGCGGCGGCGCGUACGCUCACGAUCGCGCCGCCACGUCACUCCUGCCGCUGCGUCACGGAGAUGUCCCCGCAGUCACAGAGGAUUUAGUGCGCGAACAAGGGAAGAUGCUGACGAGGAGACUCGCGUUCGAUGAGGAAGCGAUUCACGCGCUGAAAGCCAAAGCGAAGAGCGAUCAGAUACCCAACCCGACCCGGACGGAGGCGGUUGCUGGGAUAUCUUCUACGAUCGGACUGAGAUUGUACGAUGUUGAUUUUGGAUGGGGAAAGCCAGCUUGGGUCACCACGGCUCAAUUCCCAUGUCAAAUCCCGUAUACGGCCACUUUGUUGCAAUCCCCGGUUGGAUAUGGUGUUGAAGUUUGGCUCACCUUGCUUGAAAAAGAAAUGGCCAUACUGGAACAAGAAGUCGAAUUCGUUACUUAUGUGAAGAACAACAUGCCUGUACUUUGA